AUGCCACCGCCAGUACCGCCAGCACCGUCAGCACCGUUACCCGCUGCCGACAUCGAUGCACAACCGGCACCGGUGCCAGCAGUACCGUCGCCGGGCGGCAUCUGUCGGGUGGCGGCAAUUGACACGACAUGCCAGCUGACAUUGGCAGCAGCCCCGCUGGUUGAGCCUGCGAUCGCCGGUCACACAUGGUUGAAUCUGCCGACACUGGCCUUUCUCAUUACCCACGCGGCCUCGGGACGACAGGUGCUCUUCGAUCUGGGCUGCCGCAAGGACUUUUGGAGCCUGCCACCGCCAGUGACGUCCAUGCUGUACGGUCACAUGCCGGGUCUCCGUGUGGACGAAUGCCUGGCGGACGUGCUGGAGGCUGGUGGUGUCGACCUGGCCAACAUCGAAGCCGCCAUCAUCAGUCACCACCACUUUGACCAUUUUGGCGACCCGACGGUGUUCCCGACAUCCAUGGCGCUUGUCGUGGGCCCCGGCUUCUCCGACCACUUUCUGCCAGGUUAUCCAACCAGCCCGGCCUCACCGGCGCACGAAGAGGCCUUCCACGGGCGCACCGUGCUCGAGCUGGGAUUCGACAGCGACGCGGCCGUCGUUGCGGGCUUCCGUGCUCAAGACUACUUUGGAGACGGCAGCCUUUACGUGCUCGACACGCCAGGCCAUGCCGUAGGCCACAUCUCUGCCCUCGUGCGAACCACCCCCGCCAGCAUCGAGGACAAAAAUAGUACAGACGACUUCGUCUUCCUCGGUGGCGACAUCUGCCAUUUUGGCGGCUCCUUACGGCCCACACCAUACGUGCCGAUGCCGACUACGCUGACGGCAAGACUGGCUGGUGUCGGGGAUGACGACGUCCACCAACUCCCCGUGUCCUCUUUCACCUGCUGCCACUACGUCCAGGAUCCUCUCCAGGCCCGGACCACGCCUUAUUACCGCAUCUCUGCUGGUGCCGGCUCUUGGCACGAAGAUCCCGUGGCAGCCCAGCAGAGCCUUGAUCGGCUGCAGAUCAUCGAUGCCAACGAUCGUUUCUUUGUUGUUUUUUCCCACGACCUCAGCCUCAUGGAUAUUGUUCCACUGUUCCCGGCCGCCGAGCUCAACGGCUGGCGCGCUGCCGGUUGGAAGCAACAGGCCCGAUGGCGCUGGCUCGACGAGAUUCCAUGGGAUGGAAAACAUGGACAGGAGCUACUGGUGGACGGCGCAUACAUCGAUGGCCGUCGAGUGAAGGACUUUCCGGGGGCAGUGUAUUGA